UCAGCUCCGAAACCUCCGAAGCCGAGAAGCGACCUCCUAAAUAAAUCUCUCCGUCUCUGUUUCUGUCUCAGUCUCUGUCUCUCUCUGUGUCUGUCUCGCAUUUUUGAAUCUCAUCACCGGUAAUUCUUGAAAUAUCGUGUAUUUUUAUAGUUGCAGUUCGAGGCAAACGCAAUAGACAAGUGGAAGCUAUGGCUUCGUCUUCAACCGAGGCUUUUCCUCAGAUGCAGGAAAUUAUGCUGGAGUUUCGUGCUGGUAAAAUGUUUUUUGAAGGGAAAAGGGUUGUGCCUGAUACUCGCAAAGGGCUUGUUCGCAUAGCAAGGGGGGAGGAAGGAUUGGUCCAUUUGCAGUGGAUUGAUCGGAUUAAGAAUGCCGUUGAAGAUGAUCAGAUUGUAUUUCCUGACGAGGCAGUUUUCGAGAAGGUUAAUCAGUCAUCAGGAAGGGUUUACAUUUUGAAGUUCAAUAGUGAUGACAGGAAGUUCAUGUUUUGGAUGCAGGAGCCUAAUGCUGACGGUGACUCACAAUUAUGUAGCUCAGUUAAUUACCACAUCAAUCGACCAUUAGAGUUCCUUGGUGAAGAAGACCCUGAUGCUUCUGCUCCUCUACAAGUUUCUGAAGAUAUGGUUGAAGAUGAUAUCUCAUCAAGAGCUGGAAACUUGGUUGGCUCAAAUGCGGAUGUAACUAGUGAAGGAACCUCUUCAUCUGGACCAGUGAAGUUGGAAUACCUGCAACGUAUCUUGAGUAACAUUGGGCCUGCAGAUAAUGCUGGAGAUCCAGAUGGAGGCUUGGGACUAAGAGAUAUUUUGAAACCUGAUUUGAUAAUGCCAUUGAUCCACACAUUGCCAUUAGAGCAGUGUUUAGCAUCACACCUACCUGAGGGUCAAUGGACUCCGGAGGAUAUAUUGGAGUUGCUUCAGAGUCCACCUUUCUGUCAACAAGUAGAUUCGUUCACUUAUGUACUUCGAACGGGACAGAUAGAUUUGACUCAGUUUGGAAUUGACCCAAGUAAAUACAAAUUCACUGUUUUGUCUUUUCUGGAGGCACUUGAGGAUUCGGUUUCUGAAACAUCGGAGUCUGAGGAGUCGAGGCAAGAUGACAAGGAUAUAAGAUCUCAAUCAUGUAAUCGGAAUGACUCUAUGGAUGAGUCCCAUUAGCAGAGACACUUUGAUGCAUCUUUUUCAUUUCUUUUCUCCUCGAUUCUUUUAGGCAAAUGAGACUUCUGCUCACUGUAUUUAUUCACAUACGUUCUUAGGAAAAAAGGAGGGGGGGUUGGGGGUGAGAAAAGCUGUUGGUUUUUGUUUGCAUUUAUAACUCUUUAUGUACACAGAUCUAUAAACCCUUGCGUAUUUCUUUUUCGUUUAACAUUUGGAUUAUAUGUUACAUUGAGACCAUUGUUUUA